UUGAUGACGUCAGGCGGAGCCGGGAUGACCGCUUGUGACCCCGGGAGCGCGAGCGGCUGCCAGCAGCCGGAGCUGAGUCCGGAGUCCGGACACUGACCACACACACCGGACAGAAACCGGAGUAUGGACACGGAAUCUCGCAACCCGCCCCACGGGGCUCCGGCCCAGCCCUGCACCAAUGGUCUGCAGAACGGCUUCCACCCGGGGCCCAGCAGCCGCAGCCCGGAGCAGGAGCACGGAUCCCCCGCUAAGAAAUGUCGCAUCCGCAGGAGGAUGGAUUCGGGCAGGAAAAACAGACCCCCAUUCCCAUGGUUUGGAAUGGAUAUUGGUGGAACUCUCGUCAAACUUGUGUAUUUUGAGCCAAAAGACAUCACAGCUGAAGAAGAGCAGGAGGAAGUGGAGAACCUGAAGAGCAUUAGGAAAUACCUGACCUCUAACAUAGCUUAUGGAAAAACAGGGAUCCGGGAUGUGCACCUGGAGCUGAAGAACUUGAUCAUGUGUGGACGAAAAGGGAACUUACAUUUUAUCCGCUUUCCGACGCAUUCCAUGCCUAAAUUCAUCCAAAUGGGUAGAGAUAAAAAUUUCUCUAGUUUACAUACCACUAUGUGUGCCACAGGAGGUGGUGCCUACAAAUUUGAGGAUGAUUUCAGAAGGAUGGCUGAUUUACAGCUCCACAAACUGGAUGAGUUGGACUGUUUAAUCCAAGGCCUUCUUUAUAUUGAUUCUGUUGGGUACAAUGGUCAGUCUGAAUGCUACUAUUUUGAAAAUCCCACUGACCCCGAACAGUGCCAGAAAAAACCGUAUUGCUUAGAUAACCCCUACCCAAUGUUGCUGGUCAACAUAGGUUCAGGGGUCAGCAUCUUGGCUGUUAAAUCCAAAGAUAGUUUCAAAAGGGUGACUGGAACCAGUCUUGGUGGAGGAACUUUCCUCGGCCUGUGUUGCCUGCUUACUGGGUGCGAAACCUUUGAAGAAGCUUUGGAGAUGGCAGCGAAAGGAGACAGCACUAAUGUAGAUAAACUAGUUAAGGAUAUCUAUGGAGGAGACUAUGAGCGGUUUAGCCUACUAGGAUGUGCGGUAGCUUCCAGCUUUGGUCACAUGAUGAGUAAGGAGAAGCGUGAUUCCAUCAGUAAGGAAGAUUUGGCCAGAGCGACACUGGUCACUAUUACGAACAACAUUGGAUCCAUAGCUCGCAUGUGUGCACUGAAUGAGAACAUUAACAGGGUGGUGUUUGUUGGAAACUUCCUGAGAAUCAAUAUGGUCUCCAUGAAGUUACUAGCUUAUGCUAUGGAUUAUUGGUCCAAUGGGCAAUUGAAAGCCUUAUUCUUGGAACAUGAGGGUUAUUUUGGAGCAGUUGGAGCAUUGCUGGAAUUACUGAAGAUGACAGAAACGCACUGAGGUGCAGAAAAGGCCACAAGAAUCAACAGAGAUCAUUUGUAUUUUUAAAAGCUGCUGCCCAGAAAUUAGUGCCAGAAAGCAGCCCAUCUAACUAAACGGUUAACUAUUUAGUUUUCACAUCAGGUUAAGAAUAAAUUACUUACUCUGCAGCAGUUACUGUUUGUGCUGUGCUGAGACUCAUUUCUAAGGGAAGUUAAAUAACCGCCUGCUGUAUGUAGUGUAUAUAUUUUAAACAAUGUGCAAGGUGGCCAAAUCCCACUGGUUUUAUGUAUUAAUAUUUGGAAAUAAUUUCUGUAUAAAUGUGGACUGUUCUGGAUUUUCUCUCCUGGGAUGUACUGCUUUGUGAACGAUCAAACUGUAAUGAUUUAAGUAUUAUUUAUAAACAGCCUGGAAGAUUUGAAUUUUUAUGUCAUUUCAAGACCUGCCCUUAGUUUCAUUUGAAACUACAAAGCUGGAAAUUAACCUGUUAAUAGUAUACUCUUUGAUUUUGUUGCCUUUGUAAAGCUGUCCUGUGUAAGUAUUUGUAAAGGAUGACCUUUCUUUGAACACGCACAAGUAGUGACCGUGGCUGAUCUAAUAUCGAGCUUAAAAGCCUAUGCUUUCUUGAUAUGCUGAUUUUUCAGAUUGAAAGUGCUUGUCUGGUCACAAGAAGAAGCUUCUUUGUGUAAACACUGUCUUGAUGACAUAAGUGAAAGGUAUCGUUCCACAAAUGUGGAAAUUUUGGGUAAUACUUGUUCUCUUAUUUUUAAGAAAAGCCACUUCAUAAAACUACUGUAUGAUGGAAAGCCAUCAAACUGCAAAACAUUGUACUGUGACAGCUCAUUGUUUGAUAUCUCAAAAUUGUAGUUAAAAAAAAUAACUCCCUUCAUUGUACUAUGCAUUUUGAGUCAUGUACCUUUAGUCGUUACUACUAACUAUCUGAAGUGUGCAGUAUAUCUGAUCAUUGAACUUGACCACGAAAAUAGAAAAAUCUAUUGGUGAUGUAGGUACGUGUGGGUUAAGAAUUGGCUUUUUUGUGGAAGAUAUUUCACAUUCCAUUGAAAUCCCAAUGUUUUUGGCAUAUUGACUUCAGUUUUUUUGAGGACCUUUUAAAAAGAAAUGCCCUUCUUUCUAGUUUCCAUGAUGGCAGAAGCUGCUUGGCUUUGGCUGUGUAACAUUGUACUGGAUUUUGGUUGGAAUGGUCUACCCAUUCUGGUGCAUAACAGAUUUUAACGAAACUCUUCAUUUCCCAACUUGUACAUGUUGGUCUAUUUAGUUUAAUUUCAAUCCUGAGCUUCAAAUGCUAUUGCAACUAGUCAUUCUAUAUAUUUUUAACCUGUUUAACAUGUAUUUGUGUUUUUUUAAAAAAAAGAAAUGAUUAUUGUCUAUCAGCAUCUUCAAAUGUUUUUUAAUUUAUGAACAGUGUGAUAUCUAUCUAUAGCUUGGAGCCAAGAUUGUGUGCAGCUCCUUCUCUGAGACAGUUCCAUCUACUUUUGCCUCUCAAAAAAAAUUAUAGGUUCAUUCUGCAAAUUUAGCUUAGCUGACACUUUUAGCAAUCAAUUUCAUCUAAUUCUGGUGCACACCCCCAGCUCUGGUGCCCAGGAAGCACAUGCCUCAGUUCUAAUUUCACCAUUUAUGGAAACUGAUUUCAUAUAUGUUCAGUGAACUAGCUAUGUACACGACCAGCAUAAUGUUAAUCUUGUUGCAUUCAAAUGAGUAAGCACCCUGAGAAGAACUGGAAUAUGUAAGGUUAAUUGCUGAUUUGUAUAUUUUUCUUUCAUUCAUGAAAUGCUAUAGAGGCAUAAUGGCACUGAGGGAGGCCAUUCAGACUGUUGGAUCCAUGCCGGCAUAUAUUGCCCAUCCCUAGUUGUCCUUAUGAAACUGGUGACAAACCAUCUUCUUGAACCACUGCAGACUGAGUGGCAUAAGUACAACAGCACUGCUGUUAGGUAGGAAUUUUGAUGCAAUGAUUAGGAAAGAACUGUAAUAUAUUUCCGGGUCAGGGUGCAGGUGUGAGAUUUAGAGUGGAACUUGGAGAUGGUGGUGUUCCCACUUGUCAUUCUAGGUAGUAGAGGUCACAGAUUUAGAAGGUACUGUUGAAGCCUUGCCAAGUUGCUACAGUGCAGCUUGUAGGUGGUACACACUGCUGCCACUGUGCAGUGGUGGAGGGAGUGAAUGUUUAAUGUGGUGAGUGGGUUGCCAGUCAGUGGGCUGUUUUGUUUUGGGUAGUGUUGAGCUUAUUCAGUAUUGUUGGAGCUGCACUUAUCCAGACAAGCGGAGAGUAUUCCAUCACACUCUUGACUUGUGCCUUAUAGAUGGUGGAAAAGCUUUGGGGAGUCAGGAGGUAAACUAUUUGCUGUAGAAUUCACAGCCUUUGACCUAGCUACAGAGGUUGAUCCAGUUUGGCUUCUGGUCAAUGAUAACCCUCCCAGGAUGUUGACAGUGGAACAUUCAGCAGUGGUAAUUGCCAAAUUUAGAUUGCAUGUAAAGGGUGAUGGAGAGGGUUAUAUGUUGCAGAUGGUCAUUGCCUGGCACUUGUGAUGUUAUUUGCCACUUAUAAACCCAAACCUGAAUUCCCGCUGCAUGCGAGCACAGAUUGCUUCAUUGUCUUUGAAGUUGCGAAUGGAACUGAACACUGCAAUCAUCAGUGAACAUUAGCUGAAAUUAUAACACUAAUUUAAAUGUGUUUAACAGUGUGUAUUAGUGGUUUUUAGUCUGUUUUAUGUUGUUCCUAGAAGUCCAUUUUGUGUAUAAAAAUGAACUGUACAGUGUGUGUUCUAAUCCAAUUGGGAAAGCCGAUAAAAUUUACAUUUUGAAAUAAAGACUCAAGUUUUGUCUGA